AUGGCAUAUAAGUUUGAAUCAUCGUCUAAUACCAACUCUUGGUCUGGUGGAUCUACGGCAUGGAAUGCUGUUAGCCAACUUCUUGAAGAAACAUUUGUUCAGGACUUUGAUUCCACCUCUCCAGAGGCAAAUCUUCGAGCUAUCAGGAACAUUCGCAAUUUUAUCACUGCCAAUCCGAUCAAUAAACAAAUGGUCGUUCAGAAUGAUCACAUACGGAGAAGAAUCAUGUCUCUUACUGGGGCUUUUGCGACCCCCUCUGAGUACACCACAACCUUUAAACGUGACUUCUUGUGCAUGUACGCAAGUUUUCUACGAGAAAGUCCCACUUUUGCGGAAGAAAUGUGCAAUCAGAGGGACUUUAUUAUUGAUCUUCUAGCUGCUGUGGACCUGAGUAGCGAAAACACCGAUCCUCCACUUCGCGAAGCUAUUCUCCUCUUCCUAAAAACUCUCUUUGAAGCUGACAAUUUGGAUCAAGAUCUCGAAUCUGUUCCAGCGUUCAAGCGAGCUGCCGCUUUGGAGAUAUUCACGGUCGAACGCUUAGGCAAUCUCAUUCGCUUGUGCGAGGCUCUUUUCGACUCAGUACGAAGAGGUUCCAAGGAGGGCUCUACAGCUCUCGUCUGUCUCACCAAAUUGUUCGCCCUUCUGGUCACUGACUCAAAGCUAGCCGAACGCAAUGUUGAGCCCUUACUCCGUUUUGCUCAUCGAGGUGUUAUGGCAACUAUUUGUCCACGUCAUGCCCCCCUUGUGAAUCAAGACCGGGGUUUGAUUCUUCCCUUUGAUGUGGCCAAAGUUGCCCAGUGUCCGGAGUCUACCGCUUGUACUCCCUACUCUCGCUGUCAUCUUGCUCAGUAUAGAAGUGGCUCACGCACUCUCGACGGUCUCUUCCGUAGUCGGAAUCGUAAGGAAGUCCGCAGUGAUCAUCUUUACUACUAUCCUCGAGAUUGUGCUGAGAGUGUAGAACCUCAGAACAGUGCAGAUGGUAGCCAUCGAGGCGAUGGACAAAUUAAUGACAGUUGUGGUGAGUCGUCGAGUGAAGACGAGUUUAUAGGGAUGGAUGCUCUGGGUGUCUGUUCACCCGACGGGGCUUUUGGACUCUCUGGAACUGCGGAUAGAAAUAUGUGCCUCUUGGUGGGACUUUUGAGGGGAGUUCUAUUCUGGAGAUGUUGUUCUACAUUCAAAGGAGAAACAAAGAAAGAGGAAGACGGGGGUAAUCCUGUUGCUGGACCAUCUAGAGCGAUUGUGGCCCGAGAUCGAUUUGGAAAUGAGAUAGCGAGAUCGGAUGGACUUGAUCUAAGUGAUGAUCAGAUCUCCUUGUUGGUCCUUCAACCUUUGACCCAACACAGUCUCCCUUUAAAUGGCACACGAGUGAACACCUGGGCCUGCCACAUUGUGGUGUUGGUUCUCAAACAACGUCAAAGUCUGCAUCGUCAUCUCCUUUAUUCUCAACUUCUCACUUCUGAGUUUGACGAUACUGUCAGUUGUCUGCUCAAAGCUCUACAAUCCACCUGUGACUAUGCAAGUUUUUUUUUCUUUAUCGAUUCAAUUGUAAACGCACACUUGGAGUUUGUAGAAGAACUCGAUGAUCCUGGGGACAAAUGUUGUAGAAGGCUGAUAAGCAGCUGA